AUGGGUUCCCUUCGCUGGGCUCGAAGCUCCGGGCAACCCUGGAGUGCUGCUGGGUCUCUGUGGGGCUGGGCAGUGUCGAGGCUGCAUCUGGACUGGACCACAAGAAUCUUUCAAGAAGAUGAGGAGAUGCUGGUUCUGACUCAGAGUGAUGAGUUAAACCGGACCUACAGUGAGGACAGCAGACUGCCCCUUAACAACAUGACAAGCAAAAAUAGUCAGUGUUUUGAUGACGCCAGAAGAAACAGAAGAUCCUCAAGAGACAACAGCUUGGCUCUAACUCACAAAGACGAUCCAGGGGAUCCUGACAAGGCAGCAUCCACCAGCACUCUAUGGCAGGAGAGGCCGGCUUUAAAAGAAACCAGAACUACUGUAAUCUCCACUGGAACCAAGACCGUCACCAUCACUUCGGCUGUUUCCACUGAAGAGUCCCUUUGGUUCAAAAACACCAGAAGCCAUGACACGGAAAGAAAAUCUUCUGAGAUGCAAGCUGGUGGGAUGGGAAGUAAGGAAAAGUUAGGUUUGAGCCAGAACCAGGGGAACAAGAUGAGGUCCUACAGGCUGACUGCGCUCCAACAGAGACUUUCUGAAGAUAAAGAGGAGAAACGAGAUGGAGACAGAGCUGUGGAGGGGACUUCUGAGCGCUGUGGUCGCCUUAAAAAAGAGCGAGCCAGCAGCAGUUGGGCUGCAGGUCAGAGCUCCAACACCAGCAGCACUAAUCCCUCUCCCACCAUCACCGCCUGGGAAGCCAGCUGGAAUGUCACAAACGCUAUACAGGGAAUCUUUGUGUUGGGUUUGCCCUUUGCUCUGGUCCAGUCAGGUUAUGUGGGUCUGGUACUGCUGGUUGUGUCGGCCUGGGUCUGCAACCAUACAGGACGAACCCUGGUGGCCUGUUUAUAUGAAGAGGAACAAAGAGUCCGACACACCUACCUGGACAUUAUGGAGGCCUGCUGCAAAGGACUGUGGCCAAACUGGUCUGGAGUGGGAGGAUGGAUGGUUAAUGUAGCUCAGGUCAUUGAACUGCUGAUGACCUGUACGCUGUAUCUACUCGUCUCCACCAGUCUGUUGUCCGACAGUCUGUCAGGGGUGGCUGUUCCCAGAUCAGUGUGUUCACUGGUGGUUCUGAUGUUCCUUCUGCCCUGCCUGCUGCUGACUGAUCUCAGACCAGUGUCCACUCUCAGUCUGCUCUGCUCACUGGCUCACAUCCUGAUCAGCCUGUUGGUCAUCCUGUACUGUUUGAGUCGAGCCAGCAGCUGGUCCUGGUCCUCUCUCUCCCUGUCUGUGGACCCAGAGAACUUCAUCGUCUCAGUGGGCGUCAUCAUCUUCUCCUACACCUCGCAGAUCUUCCUGCCUCCUCUAGAGGGCAGUAUGGAGGACAGGGGCCAGUUCAGUGCAAUGCUAGGGUGGACCCAUGGAGCAGCCUGCAUCAUGAAAACUAUGUUUUCUUUACUGGCGGUGUUGACCUGGGGGGCAGAGACCAGAGAGGUCAUCACUGACAACCUUCCAUCUGACCUUCGACCUCUGGUCAACCUGUGUCUAUUGGCUAAAGCCCUCCUUUCCUACCCUCUGCCAUUCUACUCUGCUGCUGAAAUACUGCAAACCUGCGUGCUUAGAGAUGCUGCUGUCUCAUCGUACUCCAAACAUGGAGGUGGAGGUGUGUCUCGUCCAGCCCUGGUGGUCCGUGGCACCCUGUUGAUGGCGUCAUACCUCCUGGCCCUACUGGUGCCCAGGUUCUCCCUGCUGAUGGGUCUGACAGGCAGCGUGACCGGGGCAGCGAUGACACUCAUACUGCCGUGUCUGUUUCACCUUCGACUGCAGUGGGGGCAGCUCACUGUGAAGGACCGGCUGAUAGAUGUGGCUAUACUGACUCUGGGGGUCAUGUGCAGUGUGUCUGGUGUGAUUUGUUCGCUGAAAAGGCUGGUGGAGGGACUGUAG